AAUAGGCCAAAACUGCACACAUUGUGAAGGGUGGAGAUUUAGUGUUAGGGAAAUGUUUGACUCGUCUGUCCGCGUGAACUUUCUGGAAGCAUCUGCUGGCCUUCCUCGUCAACAAAAUCCUAACUGUGCUGCUGACGAAAUUUGCAGUCUUACGUUUCGAUUUAUUUCCAUUCAAUUUGCCGUGAUAAAGCCAAAUUUACGGAUUACUAGAUGCAUAAUAUUUAUUAAAUACGGGCGAUUUCAACAAACCUGGUUGUUCUUCGUCUUGGUCAUUCAGCGAUUCCUUUAUCAGAUCUGUUGAGGCGCACUGUAAACAUAAUAAAUUUCGUUUUUGGUACGAUCUAAGUAAUGGGUGAGGAAAAUAAGCAAUCGAAAACAAUGGAGGAACCAGCUGUGGGAAUUCCGUAUGCAUAUCCAGCAAAGCCAAUGCAGACGGUGAUGACGCCUCCUCCUCAGCAGUUUUACUAUACGAAUCCAUAUCAGGCAGGUAUAACACCGCCCAAUGCAAUUUUUGGCUAUUCAGAAGGCAUUCCGUUGCGAGAGACUGUUUUCAGGGAUACCCCUGCUCCUUUUGAGUGCCCCCAUUGCUCCAAAUCCGGCCUAACCACAGUCAGGUCAAAGCCUAGUGUUGCAGCUUGUGUAGCAUGCAUGAUGCCUUUUAUGCUUGGAGUAUGCUUUCUGUGCCCGGCAAUGGAUUGUCUUUGGCACAAGCAACAUUAUUGUCCAAAUUGCGGGGAAAAGGUUGCAGAUUUUGAGAAAUCAGACCCUUGUGCAGUAGCAGAUGUCCCACAUUGGAUACAAGAAAGCUUUGCUCUUCCAGCCUGAUUUUACUUUGAUAAUUUUGUGUAAUCAAUUGCACAAAUCACUUGUAUGUAUUUACGUGUGAGCCUUGUAGAUAUGUUCAGGUUUCUGAUUUGAAGAAUGCAUAUCGUAAAAAUGUGUUAGUAGACAUGAAAUAAUUCAUUUGUAUUUACAUGCUUUCAACUUCAGUGAUGUGAGCUGAACUGAAGUGUUACGAUUAUACGAAGAGAUUUAUAUUUUGCAUAAUUAUUCACACUACAAUUUUUCGUUUAAUUAAAAACAUGCCUUUCUGCUUUUUUUUGAAAA